AAGCAGAGGCGCUAAAACAGACACCUAAACCGGCUGAAGACGCCUCGGGGUUACAGCAUGUCUGCGCAUAAAAACACAGGAGACAGCUCGCCUGUUAUGACGUCAGAGGCCACGCAACACAAACAAACCCACAGACUGUAUCCAACACUGCCAAAUAUAAACAGGUUGGAGGUUUGCUUGCCACUCGGCUCCACUGGGGAGAAACUUUGCGCAGCUGCUGAGAGUCACAGUGAGCAGAAAGACACACAGUUGGAAGAGCCGGUGAGCGGUUACUACGCCAUGAAAGAGCAGAUUCUCAUCUUGGAGCAGCAGAAUAAAGAGCUUCUUGCUAUUAACAAUAAGUGGGCAAAAGAGUACAAAACGAUGGUGGAGUAUUACAUGAAGAAGGUCCAGGUUUUAAAAGCAUUAAAACAAGAUGGCGUCUCUGAAGAGGAGAGGAGCGAUGAAGAAGAGGGGCCUGUCACAUUCUGUAAAAAGGAAAAGGUCCAUAAAGACACCCAGCCUGGAAAAGACGGAGUUCGAACCGAGUUACGGACUGCAGAGGAGGAAACCGAAGAGCUGCGAGCGCAGAACCACACCCUGGCCUGUAGGUGCCAGCAUCAGCAGCAGGAGAUCAGGAGGCUCAACAAGGCCUUAGAGGAGACGAUUCAGAGAUCUCAGCCUCUGGAGAACAGCAGUGAAACACUACAGGACAUCUGGAAACAUCAGGCUGAAGUCUACAAGGAGGACUUUCUGAAAGAGCGCAGGGACCGGGAGCAGCUAAAGGGGAAAAAUCUGGAACUGGAGAAGCGAUAUAAAAAGGUUCAUGACGAGCUGCGUGUCUUCAAAUCCCAGGUGACUUUGGCGCAGCCGGUGCACUGCUGUUCCUGCACGAAUCGACGCAAAUAUCCGGACAGGGAGCAGCAGCACGUCCAGCAGCAACAGCGCUACACUUUCAGCAGCAAAGACUGAAUGAAACGUUUAUGGUUUGAACGAUGAUGUUUCGGUGGAUCUCAGUGGAGGAGGAGGUCCUGACAGAAGAGCCUUCAGAAGGACAACCUGCAGCAGCUUCAUGUUACUGAAGACACAGAAAAUGUUGUGCUGUCAAAACACUAUGACGGAUGUUAGACCUCAAGGGAAUGUUUUAGGGCAUAUUAAUGUCUGCAAGAAAGGAAGGAAUAAAACAGCCAUAAUUGUUUGCUUUAUCACAUAGUAAGGAAAAGGAGCUGAAUCUAUGCUGUAACUACAGCUUAUAGCAUCCGACUUCUUAUACACUAUUAACAUUUAACCACUUUUAGGACUUCGCAUUUUGCUUUUAGUUAUUAGAAAAAGACAAAAAAUAAACUCUAGGAAGUACUUGAUGUAGUUUUUUUUUUCCAAGAAAAGUUAUAUUUUAUACAGUAUAUUUAUUUAUUUAGGUUUGAUGAAUUUAAUGGCACUUGUAUUUUCCAUAGUUGAUUAUUUAUGAUGAAAAUAAACUUUUUUCUUUA